AUGACUUGUCAUAACAAUAUCAAGGUACUUCGUUUUAGUGAUACGGAUGAAAUACGACAUUGGUACCGAUACAUGAAUACAGUCACCAUAUUGAAUUCAUGGGAUACAACAACUCAUUCGCUGAAUGGCGCAGAUAUGGAUAGUGAUCAGGUUCUGACUACAGAUAAUAAAAUCGUUCUAGAUGCAAUCCAGGAGCUGGAUGCGAUCGUGUGUGUUCAGAAGACAGCUGCUCCCAAAAUUCCGGACGAGAAAGAUUUGAUUCAGGCCAAUAAAGACAGUUUUGGAGACUUGAUCGGUUUUACCACUAAUAAGAUUACUUCAAUGUUUGAUGUGCUAGCCAAUUAUGAAGAGGGCAGUGCCGAAUAUCAGGAACUGAAUUAUCGGAUUCAAUGCGGUCAGCAUUAUCAACAAAAUGCCAUUGAUCAGGCAAAAGGGAUCGAGUGUAAAAGAAUGCCAAAACAUUGGUAUGAUAUUCGGGUUGCUGCAAAGAAUGAAUUGGAUCUGAACAUCGUUGCCCAUAAAAAACCGUACUUUUUCAUAUACAACGAUCCGGAACAGAAACGGGAUUAUACAACGUACGUGGAAAAGACCAGUCAGAAGUGCUUGCAACGGUUUGGUAUGACGAUGGACGAAUUGCGCUCAAAGAAUGAAUUAUCUACGGAUGAAGCACAGUUUCUUACUCAAUUUGAACAGAGAUUGCCUGUGUCGAUGGCCCCCUCUGUAAUGAACCGACUGUGCCACCAAGUGGAAAAAGUGUUUGAGGGAUUAAAGUGGAAACAGACAAAUACAGCCUUUGACCAUAACAUUCUGAUGAGCCCUAAGAAGUAUUCACAAGCCAGAUACAAAGAAAUCCAACAAUUAUAUCAGGUUCAUAAUGAAGAAUUACGUAGCUAUAUGACAAACAUACGCAAGAAUAAAGCAAAAAAAGAUGAGCGAUCAGCCCAAUGGCAACUGUUUGUUUCACGCUUUAAAGAGCAGGCAUUGGGCAUUUGCAGUAACGAAGAAGAUUUGUGCAAUAUGAUUGUGUCGUUAUGUUAUAAGAAUGUUGAGAAAUCAAAGCAAUUUGUCUGGGACGUAUCUGGAGAUCAGAUUAUCCGUAAUCUAUUGACUGCUAACGAUCAAAUGGUUGCAUAUCCAGUCAGUGACCCGCAGGGAGAUAUUGAAUUUGGUGGGAAAACGUUCAAAAUGACUACAUUGAAGCUGGAGGAUCUUUACAGUGAAAAUCAUUCUGAA